AUGGUCGACUUUGAGCUAUCUCCCAGCCAGACUCUCGCGCCAUCUGAGGACGUCCCUCAGUUGACGAUCAAUCAUGAUGUUGCUGCCGAUCUAGAUUCUAGCAGCGCCUUCGAAGGCCCUGAGAAGCUUCUCGAGGUAUGGUUUGCGCCAAGUGCCGAUGCCCUCCCCUCGGGCACCAAGCCCGACGGCUUGAAGGCUGUCUCGGCCGACACGUGGGUGCCCAUGCUGGACGAGGUCCACUGCAAGGUCCUGUCGGUCGUCAACUCGGAGCACAUUGAUGCCUAUCUUCUCUCCGAGUCCAGCAUGUUUGUCUUCCCCCACAAGCUCAUCCUCAAGACUUGCGGCACCACCACCUUGCUGCGUGGGCUGCAGAGCCUCCUCCGCAUCGCUGCCGUUGAGGCCGGGUUUCCCUUCCACAACGUCAAGUCGGUCGAGGACCCUCAUGUGGCUGCCACCCCCUACCGCGUCUUUUACAGCCGCAAGAACUUCCUCUACCCGGAGAAGCAGCCCUUGCCUCACCGAAGCUGGGGCCAGGAGGUCAAGUUUCUGGACGACAUGUUUGAGCACGGCAGCGCCUACAUGGUCGGCAAGAUGAACGGGGACCACUGGUACCUGUACAUAACCUCUCCGCAGAGCACUCUCACCCCCCCGCGCACCCCCGAGGAGGAGCGGACCCCCACCAACUCGACCCGCCCCUGGAGGAUCCCGACCGGCCUGGCCUCUGCUUUUGACGGCGCCGCCGAGAAGAAUGAUGAGACCCUCGAGGUUCUGAUGACGGACCUCGAUCCCGAAAAUGCGAAGCAGUUCUACUUGGAGCGCGCGAGUGCGGUCGCGUGCGCCAAGCUGCCUGCGCAGAUGGACGAGGCGCGCCGGGACGCUGUUGGGAGCCUUGGCGACCUGUCAGCGAGCACCAGCACGAUCCAGACCGCCAGCACAGCCGAGAGCCUGGGUGACGAGACGUUCGAUGAGACCAGCCUGGCCAGCGAGUCCGAUCGUCCGGGCACCAACACGCCCAUGUCUGAGCUGGUCGACCCGGCCAGCCUGACGACCGAGGGCCACGCGCUGGGCACCGUCGUCUCGGACGGCUGCGGACUCUCGGACGUAUACCCGACGUCCAAGUACCCAGAUGCUCGCAUCGAUGCUUACAUGUUCAAUCCCUGCGGCUUCUCUGCCAACGGUGUCAUCCCUGCGCCUCAGAGGCUCGACGAUAACGGAGACGGCAAGUCCAACCACUACUUCACCGUUCACGUGACACCCGAACCUCAGUGUUCGUACGCCUCGUUUGAGACAAACGUCCCUGGCGGCCAGAAUGGACGUGACACUUCGGACGUCAUUGAGCAUGUGGUUGGCAUCUUCAAGCCUGGGCAUUUCAGCGUUACCCUGUUCGAGGCCAAGGGCACGGGUGAUGCUCCUGCUGGCGUGGGACGCAGCAAGCGUGUUGAAAAGAUUCAGGGGUACCGCCGGAUUGAUCGCAUCGUCCAUGACUUUGAUGAUUACGAGCUGGUCUUCCAGUAUUACGAACGCGACGGUUGGGUCGGUGGAACCGGCGUUCGUGUUGGUGAGGAGAUGUAG